AUGGUGGAAGCUGGUCACGAACACCGCUCUGCUCUCAGGGAAAAAAACCCAGAAAUGAGCAACAUGGAGCUGGUUAAAAAAAUAGCAGAUGCUUGGAAGGAGUUACCAGCAGCACAGAAACAGGUUUAUGAGGAAGCUAGAAAGACAGACUGGCAAAGGUAUCAAGAGCAGUUGGCCGCAUAUAAAGCACAGCUAUCUCCAGCCCAGGCUGUGGCUUUGAGAGAAGAAAGGAGAAAACGACUGGCAAAAAGAAGGUCGUUCAGGGCAAAAAGAGAAUUGACUGUGCUUGGAAAACCUAAAAGACCUCGUAGUGGCUUUAACAUUUUUGUGUCAGAAAACUUUCAAGAAAGUGAGGGGAUUUCACCUGCGGCAAAGCUGAAGCAAUUAUUUGAUGCAUGGCGAAAAAUGUCCAGUUCUCAAAAGCAGCCAUACCUGCAGCUUGCUGAAGAUGAUAAGGUUCGGUACAACAAUGAAAUGAAGUCUUGGGAAGCAAAAAUGGUUGAACUUGGACGUGAAGACCUGAUACGCUCCAGAAGGGAAGGGCCAAAAAAGAAAACUGCUGAAACUGCAAAGAAAGCUGAAACAGCCAAAGCUUCCUCACAUGAAAAAAAGGCAAAAUUAAAAUUGAAAAAAUCAGAGGAAUAA